GUCAGCUAGCUCGGAUCCGCAACAUCCUCCCCAGACGUGGUCCUGCUUCUCAAGGACUACGGGUCAUACAAGUAAUGAGUCCGCUGAUACAUAAAGACGAGCGCGCAAGCGCCUGCAAACCAGAAAGACCGGGCUUGCUUCGUCCUUUUCCUUCUACCGAUUCUAGUCUUGCCCACUAGACACCAAUUCCCUCCCCACCUCCUUCCCCCUCACGGCAUCAUGCGCUCCUUCCUUUGGUCGUUGUUGACUGCGCUAUGCGCACUGCACGUAGCGCACGCCCAUUUGCUCCCUCGUCUGCUCGCUGAGACUGGACCCAAGCCGCAGGAUGAUCCCUUUUACGUUGCUCCAUCUGAAAAACAAUUGGCCGAAAUGAAACCAGGUCAUAUCAUUCGAGCACGUCCCGUCAAGACUGUGGCAGAUGCGUCGGUCACAUCGAGCGCGUACCAGCUGCUUUACAGGACGUACGACCAUGCCGGAAGACCCACCGCCGCGGUCACCACGACUCUCGUCCCUCGAGUAAAGGAUGCGGCGGGGGUGGCGGGCGCAAAGCUGCCAGUCCGACUUGUAGCCUACGAGUCGUUCACCGAUUCCGUUGCCCUAAACUGUGCCGGCUCCUACGCACUGACAGCAGGUCCAUCAUCCCCAAACUUUACUCCCACGUUCGUUGGGCUUGGCGUCAUCAAUGCCUUUCUCGCCUACGGAUACACCGUCACGGUGCCUGACUUCCAGGGUCUGAACUCCGAGUUCAUCGUCGGUAGAACGCAAGCAAGGGCGACUUUGGACGGAAUCAGGGCUACGUUGAGGCACAAGCCCACCAUUGCGGAUCCCAAAGGCGCCAAAGUCGGCUACAUCGGCUAUUCGGGAGGCGCCAGUGCUGCAGGCUGGACUGCCGAGCUCGCACCAGAAUAUGCUCCCGAGGUCGACUUUGUGGCAGCGACGUAUGGGGGCCUCCCAGUCAGCCCCGUCAGCGUCCUGAGGCACAUCGACGGGACCGAGAAUGCUGGUCUAUCGCUGAUGGGUUUGCUGGGUCUAGGGAACGCAUACCCAGAAGUCGAAGAGUACAUCUUUGCGAGGGCGAAUAAGAAAGGCAAGGCGGCCAUCAAGCGUCUGAGGGGAGGGUCAGCUUGUCUGGAUGCGGUGAAGGAUUAUGCAAACACCUCUUUGAGCGACUACUUUGACAACUUCAGCCUCGAUGAUGAGCUGGUCCAGAGGAUCAACCGUGAGAACACGCUGGGAGCCAACACGCCAAAGGUUCCUCUGUACAUCUACCAAUCGACGGCCGACGAAAUCAUCGUAGCAUCCGAUGUUGACAAGUACGUCUCGUCGCAAUGCGCUCGUGGUGCUCGCAUCCUGUACUCGCGCGUGAAAGGCAAGAAGCACAAUGAGCUUCUGAUCACGGGGUUUCCAGCCGCAGUCGACUGGCUGGACAAAGCCCUCACCGGAUCCGUCACCUUGCCAAAACCUGGCGAAUGCGUCAUCAAGCAAUCUGCAUCUGCGCCCAUGCCUUUGAGCACACCCAAAGCCAAGCCUAGCGGCCAACGGAAAGGAAAGGAGAGCGGCCAACGGAAAGUGAAAGGGAGCAAUCAACGGAAAGGGAAGGGGAGCGGCCAUCGAAAAGUGAAAGGGAGCGAACAUCGGAAACCGAAAGGAAGCGGUAAACGAAAAGGCAAGGGGAGCGGCAAACGCGACUCGGAAGGCGACAGCGGUGUGAAGACGGCCGUGGACGCCUACUUCGCUCCGCUCAAAGAUGUGCCGUUCAAUGACCUGCCAGAUAUGGCCCGGAAGAAUAGCGAGCAAGGGAAGCGCCUCGCACACACCUAGCGCUUCGGCGAAAGAGCUAGCGUCGAAUCUGCCGAAGGUGCCGCUGUCGCUUCGACCUGGGUCUACUAGC